UGAAACGCAAAUCAUCAUCACCGCUACACUGUAACAUCUUCAACUGACCGACAACUUUUCCUGAUUGGAUCUUACCUCAGAGACUUGAAGUUGAAAAACUUUCUUGAACAUUUCAUUUUACCUGCAGAAGUCUAUACAUCGUUUUUCCCGGAUUAUUUUGACUCUCUAAACAUUUAAAUUUCCAUGUAAGAGACGCGGGGAUUCUCAGUUGUUUAUAUUAAACGUGACGGCGCGUCAGAAUGUGCGCGGGUGUGUUUAACAAGAGUUUGUUGUGGGUUUUGGGUUUGCUCGGGUUCUGCGUUCGCGCGAUCGCUGCUCUUGAAUGUGCGCCGUGCGCGCUUCGCUCGUGCCCACCGGUGAGUCCACUCGGGUGUGAUUCGGGUCGGGUUCUGAGCCGUGACCCGUGCGGUUGUUGCGAGCAGUGCUCUCGGCUGGAGUUGGAGUUGUGUGGAGGUGCGGACUGGAGUCUGGGCUACUGCGGGUCCGGACUCACCUGCGCGGUGGUGAACGGAACCGGACCGGUGCGUUUACCUGACGCAGGUGUCUGUCAAGUGGCACCUGACGGCACAGAUGCAGACGGGGAGGACGCCCGCUGCCACCUGUUGAGCGGCUGUGAUCGUGAGGACGGAGAGUGUGUUUGUGACUCCACACACUCCUGCGUCAGGACCUUCAGCUAUCCAAACAGAGACGCGUGCAUCCAUGCUGGCAGGACAGGGUCUCGUCGACAUGAGCGCAGACACAAGGACAAGUUUGUGGGUCCUGUGAAUGGGGCGUGUGUGUUUUCGGGCUGUAACCUGACAGCUCACGGCUGUGUUUGUUCAUCCCAUAGCUGUGACGAUCACUUCAUGCAUAACAACCGCAGCCAGUGUCAGCGAGCAGCAGAGGAGCUGAAGUGUGCCGGCAUCACAUGUCCACCUCUGCCCACCCCUGACUGCCCGCCAGACACGGAGCUGACGCACAUCUACACGCCACCAGAUGGAUGCUGCCCGACGAUACCCACCCAAUGCACGUGUGCCCGGUGCCCACCGCCGCCCGACUGCAGCGGAGACCGCAGAGCCGUGCUGCUCACGGAGGGCACCGGAGCGCCCGGAAACUGCUGCCACACCUACACGUGCCAAAAAGUUUCGUCCAGGUGUGUUCGUGAUGGACAGGAGUUUUCAGAGGGUGAGGUGUACCGUAUGGACCUGUGUUGGGUGUGUCAGUGUCGUGGUGGAAUAUCAUUCUGUUCUAAAGCCGAAUGUGCUGAGCUGGACUGCGACAACUUCUACGUUCCGGAGGGGGAAUGCUGUCCCGUCUGCAAAGACGUGGAGCUUCUGUCGGCGGAGAGCACGAAGGCGAGCUGUUGGCUGAAUCAGAGACUCCGCGCUCACGAUGAACAAUGGAAAGAAGACGACUGCACGUUCUGUCAGUGUGUGGACGGAGAACCGCACUGCACCGCCAUGGCCUGUAAACUGAGCUGUCAGAACCCAGUGAAGAUCCCUGGAGAAUGCUGUCCGUUCUGUGAGGAGCCUUCAUAUGAGACGGUGAGUCCUCUGAUCUGUCCUCCGCUGGUGAACUGCUCUCUGUCCGGUCACGACUGUCCUCACGGCUUCCAGCAGGACGGCAGCGGCUGUCUUCUGUGUCAGUGUGUCACCAAUGAGACGUGUCCGGAUUUGUCCUCUUUCUGCUCUCUGGAGUGUCUGACGGGUUAUGAGAGAGACAGUCUGGGUUGUGAGGUGUGUGAAUGUAGCACGUUCACGGCGAAGUGUCGACCUCUGACCUGCAGCAAGACCUGCCCUCAUGGAUUUGUGAGGAAUAAACACGGCUGUGAAAUGUGUCGCUGUGUUAAGUGUCCUCCGUUCACCUGCGACAAACGCUGCAUCAAUGGCUACACGACCAACAGAAAGGGCUGCAGCGUGUGCGAGUGCAGAGAUGUAGAUAAACCUGAGCCCAGCGUGUGUCUGACGGCGGACGGGCGGAGGUUUAAGCAGGGUGACAGCUGGCACGACGGCUGUAGAGACUGUUACUGUCACGCCGGGCGUGAAAUGUGUGUUCUCAUCACCUGCACGGUGCCCACCUGUGCCCACCCGACGCUCAGAGCGGAUCAGUGCUGCCCCACCUGUGAAGCAGAUGAGUCUGGCAGCGGUCAGCAGGAGGGUGUGGAUAUGGUUGUGUGUCGUGCUCCAGGCGGUGAUCUCUAUGUUGAAGGAGAGACGUGGAGUUUGGACGAGUGCACCAGAUGCACCUGCAGACAGGGACGAGUUCUGUGUGAUUCUGAAGUGUGUCCUCCUGUUCUCUGUCACCGGCCAAUCAAAAUCAAGGACUCCUGCUGUUACGUCUGCCCAGAGGAAGAACUCAACCCGCUGCUUCCCGUCAACAGCAGCCAACAGGAAUAUUGCGUUUCCACUAACGGAGAGAUCCUAUUGACUGGGGAUUCGUGGAGAUCCAACGCCUGCAGCAGCUGCACGUGUCGUAACGGGACGAUCAAGUGUUUUCAUCAGCACUGUCCGCCGGCCCGCUGCAGGGUUCCUGUGUUACGAAAGGGCCAGUGCUGCCCGCAGUGUUUGGAGGUCACGACAUCAGUGCCAAUAAUGCUGUCGACCACAGCGGCCAAAUCCAGAGUCACAGAGAGUCUGAACACAGUGUUCUCCAGCGUUCCUUCAGUACUUCCAGUCACAGAUGGUAAAGUUCCAAGUCAGAGGGAGAGGAAUAUCAUCUACCAAUCAGCAGCCUGGAUUCUGGCGGCCAUUUUGUUGGCCGUGGUCAUCUUCCUCUCCGUCACCAUCCUCAUCAUCCGGAGGAAGGACUGGGUCCAGAUGUCCUGCUACAGCGCUCCCAGAAAGACGGUGAUCCUCAAGAAGCACAUCAAUAGGAACUCGGUGGUGCACAUGGAGCCGUCCAAAGAUAACAAGCUCCACGGCACCAAGAUCGAAUCCGCUCUGAACCUCCCUUUGGACUCUGACCGGAUCACCAUCCCACGAGCCAAACUCACCAACGGACACGCUGAGGUCCAUCGCUAGAUGUCCCAUCACGGACAUCAUCAUCAUCUUCAUCUCCUGUCACCUCACACAUCACAAACUCCCACCGUCUCAUUUGCCGCCGAGCGUCAGGAGCUCCACGAUGACGUCUUGGAGUUGAAACUCCUCUUGUGCCGUGACAGUUUCGUGGAGCUCCGUGCCGUGCAGGAGAGACGGAGGAGAAUAAACACAGACGGAUGAUCUUGUAAUCCAUGAUGAGAACUCUCACCGCUGGAGAUUCUCCAAAUCAAUCCGAUUUGAUCUUACACAGACAUUUUUUGGAUGCCUUAAAGGACAAGCGUGUGUCCGACCUCUCGAAUCUGUUUCACGCCAAUUUUAUAUCAGUUAUUCCUAGUUCGUCUUUUUAAAGCAUUCGGUAACGAUGGACUUAACAUUCUCUGCACGCUCGUGCAAUUGCAAACGUGCGUCACGAUCGUGCCGUGUCUCGCGCAAUCCCAGAAUGCACUUCAACAGCAAUCAUAACUCACGAGAUGGCUAAUUCAUAUGAUUUUGAAUCAUAGAAAACGUAUUCGUUUCGUUAUAAAUCUAGUGGAGGCUGAAUUCGGUCACAUCGUGUAGCAUGUGUUUUUGGUUGGCUUGUAAUGUUAGUCACGGGUUCACGCACACAAUGAAGUGUGAAUCUGUGCAGUCACAUGUUCAUGAGCUCACGGCAACAGAAAUCUGUUUUUCAUGAUAUGACCUGUUUACAUGUCAUAGAACAUUGAUAUCAUCUCCAUAAAUCUCCCACAGCGGCCGGAACAUUGAUCCAGAUUGACAUCUGCGUAACUUUAUCUGUCAAGAACACAAGAACAUGCUCAGAUUACAUCAUGCGCCAAAUAUUUUAUGUAAAGCGAGGGGUCUAUUUUAGGACCUUUAAAGUGACGGUUCAGCUAAAAACGAAACUUCUCCUCAUGUCAUGUCAUGUCUAACCUGUUCGAGUUUAUUUCGUCUCCUAAACACCAAAGAAGAUAUUUCAAAGAAGGUUGAUAACAAAACAACGUUAAACUUCAUUGACUUCCAUAUAACGAAAACAAAACCACUGAAACGUUUCUCAAAAUAUCUUCUUUGGCGUUUCACUGAAGAAAGAGUCGCGUACAGAUGUAAAACCACUUGAGAAUAAACGAUGACCAAUUUACAGUAAUAAAACAAAUCCGAGGGGCUAAUCAUCAUAAAAAUUAUGAGAAUUCUUCACAGCACUUGAUGGUCCUCCAACAGGCUCGAUUUGUUUUAUUUUGAUUUGGGAUGGACGUUUUCUCAUCAGCUUCACACAGAAAUAUAAUCCUGCGCCGUUCUUCAUAUUGCCGAAAAUUAUUCUGAUGAUUUUUUAAUCAUCAACCCGCCAAAUGAUCAAACCACCGAGUGGAACGUUCUGGAAACACAUGAAAGUUUUUCUCAUUAGCAGAUGAUUGUAGUCCAGAGGUUUUUGGACUCGGCUGUAUUUCAGAUCCACACGACGCCAAAACAAAGAGACACCGUCAACAUGGCUUUCACUACAAAGAGGAUUCAACCAAAUGCAGCCGUUUGCUUUACUAGAUGUACAAAACACAUAGUAGAUGAUUAUUUAUUUUUUCACAUAGUUAUUAUUUAUUAAUACUAAACUUUAGCUGAAGUCGUCGAGUUCUCGUCUGGUUUCUGAUGUUGGCUGAGAAACACAAAGCUGCUAUACAGAUUUUGUCAAAGUUUCUCGUAGUUCUGCUUUAUACUCCUCAAGUGUAUUUAUUUUCUCUUUGCGACAUGCACAUAUGUACCUCAUAGAUGUUCAACUGUAACAUGUACACUUGUUUUUGAAAUAAAAAUGGAU